AUUAUUAGAUGUUCAGGUGUUAGAUGUCCUCCUUUCCAACUAUCAGCACCGUUUAGACGAUCGUCUUAUUCUUUUUUGUGUUGUUUCAUAUUCGAAAUAAACACUUCAAUCUAUCAAUAAAUUUAUCAUGUUCAUACGGUGAAUCCAGGAUGAAUAAGAGAUGCAGGAAUGUAAGAAAUCAUGAUCAGUGUCAGAAUAACAGGAAACAUCUGGUUGAGAAUGAAAAAAACAACAAAAAAAACACAGAACAGGGUGAGUUCUGUUUGUCCAAAGGUCACGAGAGGACGAAUAAAAACGGCUCGACAGUCAGAGCUCAGAUAUCGAUAAAUAAGUCAUGAGCAUCAGAGUCUCAUUGGACAGAGACGCUCAUGUGACUGUGACGGACUGGAUGUGGGACGUCUUUAAGAAGUGAGGAUAUAAAAGGACCAGUCAGGCAGCAUCACUUUCAGUUUCACUUUCCAUCACUUCCAUUUCUUCCUCAGCUCUGUCUCUGUUUCUCUGCUUUCAUUUCCAGGACAAAAUGUCUUCGAUGCAGGAUCUGAUCAGGAAGAAGAGGGACGGAGGACAGUUCAGCCACGAAGACAUUAAAGCCUUGAUCCAGGCCGUCACGUCUGAGCCCCGCCAGGACUGUCAGAUAGGUGCUAUGCUAAUGGCUAUCUGGAUGAAGGGAAUGGUCGUCACGGAGACCCAGAGCCUGACCAAAGAGAUGAUGUUAUCGGGGGAAGUGUUGUCGUGGCCGGAGGAGUGGAGGAAGCUGGUGGUCGACAAACACUCGACUGGAGGCGUGGGAGAUAAAGUUAGCCUGGUGUUAGCACCGGCGCUAGCUGCCUGCGGCUGUAAGGUGCCUAUGAUCAGUGGGCGGGGCUUAGCUCAUACUGGAGGAACUCUGGAUAAACUGGAAUCAAUUCCAGGGUACAAAGUCCAGCAGUCCCGGGAGCAGAUCCUGAACAUCGUCGGCUCGGUGGGCUGUUGCAUCGUGGGUCAAACGGAGACGCUGGUUCCUGCAGAUCGAGUCCUGUACGCUCUGCGGGACGUCACCAGCACCGUGGACAGUGUACCGCUCAUCACCGGUUCCAUCAUCUCAAAGAAAGGUGCUGAGUCGCUUUCUGCUCUGGUGCUGGACGUGAAGUUUGGACGAGCUGCUCUCUACAAAGACCUGGACGGAGCUAAAGAGCUAGCAAAGCUGAUGGUGGACACAGGAAACGGGUUGGGCAUAAAAACGGCGGCGGCCCUGAGCCGGAUGGACGGUACGAUCGGUCGGUGUGUGGGCAACAGUCUGGAGGUGAUCGAAUCCCUGGAGACGCUGAAGGGGAAGGGACCCGAUGACCUCAUGGAGCUGGUGAUGAGUCUGGGGGGCGUCCUGCUGAUGAUGGUCGGCUUGGUUCCCGACCAAUCAGAGGGCAGCAAACGGAUUUCCGAAGCCGUGAAUGGUGGAGCCGCUCUGAAGAAGUUCCAGGAAAUGAUGGAGGCUCAGGGCGUGGCCAAAGAGACGGCUCGCGCUCUAUGCUCCGCCCACUGCGACUACUUCAGCGUCUUGAGGAAAUCUGAGUUCCAGCAGGAACUGACCGCUCCUACUGAUGGUGUCGUUGCGGACAUCGACGGUAUGGCUUUGGCGGAGGUUCUUCAUAAGUUGUUGCGGGGGGCGAGUUUUGCAGGCUCCCCGUGGGUGCGGAUCCAUUACGAGACUCCGCCCCUGACCCCAGACCUGACCAGUCGGCUUCAGAGCGCCCUGAAGGUCCAGAAAGACGACGGCACCCAAACGCAGCACGGCCCCAAACUGGUGGCGGAGGUUCUUCUUCCAGAUCAACUCUAAUGCAACAGUCAUCGGAGAUUCUGGAGGGAAAAUCUUAUAAUCCACAAUUUACACCCUCACAACAAAACACAUCAAGCAACUGAGCCUCACGACAAAAGUUGUAGCUGAAUGAAACCAUCACACAAACAGUGCCAGUCUGACGAUGUAUAUCAUCACAUCAGCCGCGCCAACAAACAGCGGCGUCCAAGAUCUGUGACAACAAUAAAAACACCAUGUUUCAUGGCAUCACACAGCAAUCAAUAUACAAAGUCACCACACAUUACAUUACAAAGCCAAACCCACAUUUCAGCACCACAGACACAUACCGCAUAAAAUAUAUCAGUUCCAUUUACAUUAAAAAUAAAUUACACUCACCAAGUGCCUUUUCCACAAGUUCCCAGUGAACCACGUUUUCCUUAGAAACCACUCGGGUUCAAAGUCCUACUUUUGUCUUUAACCUCUUGAGAAAUUAUUAAAUCCUCCGGUCAUUAUGCUCCAAAAACCUUUAUCUCCAACUUCUGACAAAGUCCUGAACCUCACACCAGCCAAAUAGUCAACACAAUUAUUAUUAUUAUUAAUCAUUAUUAUUAUUAUUAAUGAUAAAUUGGGACAAUGACCAUUAAUUAACAUUCAUGCGUUAGUCAUCAGUGUAAAUGCGCCGGACUUAGCACAGAUGCUAAUUUUCCGUCGUAGUCCGAAGGCAGGUACACAACACAGAAAGACGGUGUCAUGACAAAACAUUUGACCCACAAUUAUAUAUGUAUGAGAAAGAAUAUUAAUGGACCAUCAACCAAAGACUAUGCAACAGAUUAAGAAAAUUAUUCAGACUAUGUGAGAACAUGUCUGAUUUAUUUUUAACCAGUAAUUGAGUUUUUUUUUUUUUUUUUUUCCGCUUACAGAUGAGACCAUUUGGCAGAAUUUAGUUUUCGCCUUCAUCCUCCAGUGUUUUUUCUCCGCUGUGUUGUUUUACUGCUAUUAGCUGACCUGUGCAGUCCCCGCCCCCCGCUUCCAAUCGUCCAAUGAGAAUCCUCUGGGUCCUGAACGUCACAACAGCAUCAGGCGCAACUAACUAUUCACACACAGCUACGCUACAAACAGCGUCUACAGAGGAAACUGCCUUCAGCACAUUUCAUUGGGGACAAAGUUUAUUUCUUAUUAGCUUACGCGCAACAACAUUAUUGAUACAGGAAAACCUGUAAAAGCUAAAAAUCCUCGCCUGCACAGCAGCGCCCCCUGGUGGCGGUGAUAAAAAUGAUAAAUCCACAUUAUAAAACAUCCUGAGCACAAAAUUACAAACGCGAGGUGCUGCUGCUGCUUUGUGUAACAACUUCUUCCAUGUAUUUCACUUUGUCUUUACUAACCUCUGAAUGUGUGAUCAUGAUCCAAUAAAAUUCAGUUUAACUCAAAAAA